AUGUCUUCAAACAGCUGCUUCAGCGUCCUCCUCCUCCUCCUCACCUACACCCUCCUCGCGAAACUCGUCUGCGCGCAGCAGCAGCUGCCGCCAACACCCUAUAUACCAGCGAACCGCCCGGCCGGAACGACAGUCACGAAAACGGUGAUAGAAUCGCGACCGGCGACAGAAGACGGCAGCAGCUCGCCAACAACAUCCCCCAAGCCACAUUUCAUGCCCACCUACGGCAGCAGCCUCAGCCUCCCCGGCGGCACCAACAUCGCCGCCGCGUCCUCCAUCUGGCAGGCCCUGACAUCCGUCCAGUCGACCUGGACAGCCGGACCGGCCUACCCCAGUAUAACGUCCGCCGUAUACCCCCAUACCCAUACCCAAACUGGACAGACGACUAACAUAGAAAAACAAAAACGCAGAAGCAGCCCCCUCAUCUGCCCGGGCCUCCCUCGACGCCGCCGCCGGCGCAACCUACGACUGGGACCAGAUCGUCCAGGAGCCGUGGUACACGAGCGCCGUGCCCGCGCCCGUCCAGUCCCUCAUCAGCGCGCAGGAGCAGGCGCUGCAGGGGACGUUCGACAACCUGACCGCGAGCGCGGGCGGGCUGUCGUCACGCGGCGGACGGGGAGUCGUGGUGGCUGGGGUGGUGGUGGUGGCGGUUGGGUUGGGAGUGAGAGUUUGGUGAGGUGA